UUUGCAAGCGUGUCUUGCAUUGUUGGGGAGGUAGGUGUCCGAGAUGGCUGACGGUGAUAUUGAAGAGUUCAUUGGACAGAAUCGGAAGUUGGCCGAGUUCAUUGACACAUUUCGGUCCAUCUCGGAGAGUGAAAAACAUUGGAAGUCCAGGAGAGAGUUUAUUUUUAGGAACAUCAGCGACUACGAAGAUCCGCACUUGGACCACCUUCUGGCUUUGUCUAUGGUUUGGGCGAACCACGUCUUCCUCGGUUGUCGGUACAGUCCAACCUUACUGGAGAAAGUGAAGGAGAUGGCCGAUGGAAUUGUGGUACACGAUGCUCCCGUUUUUAAAACAAGAGACGAGAUAGUUAAACAACAGCGUCGGUGACCAGAGCUGGCCAGUAUUCAACCCAAGGAUUCCAAAUGAUGACCAGAUGAUCUUUAUGAACUCUUGACAUUUUCAUUUUUGAGGACAUUUAGUACCAAGUCAUCAUGGAUCCUGUGUUUCAAAAAACCUGGCUUUGUGUCUAAUGCACAAAGGCUGGCAAGGGUUAUCUUUGUAUACCAGCAACAGUAUAUGUCAGCCUCAUUAGGAUCCACAGGUACUGAGGCCACUAUAUUAUGUUUUUUUU